AUGGACUUUCUGAUCACCGACUUGGACUGGCAUCGUUUGGACCCCACUUGGCGCCCAUCGGAACAUCCGUUUGAAGAUGUGAAAAUGUGGCAUCUCGAACAAAGCGUCUCUACUGACGACGGGAUCGUCGAUGACUUGCAGGAGAUGGCCAUCGAUGCGACGACGAUCUACACAACACGCAAAUCGGCCGGCCUGCAUUUUGUCGACUUUGGGAUAGCUGCGAGUAUGAAGGCUGCCAAGGAGGACAAGCUACGUCUGCAUGCAGGUGCAGGGAGCAACUUCGAUUCGCCUUGGCGCGAAGCGGCUCGCAUCUGA